AUGACAGCCACCAAGGAAAUUCCAUCGCAUUAUCAUGCUGCUUCUACUGAUGAAGCUAUUCACGCUGAGAAGAAUUAUGCUGCUCACAACUACCACCCACUCCCUGUGGUGUUUGCCCGUGCUCUGGGCACUUCCGUGUGGGACCCCGAGGGUCGCCACUAUCUUGACUUCCUUUCUGCUUACUCCGCUGUGAAUCAAGGUCACUGUCACCCUAAACUUGUCGCUGCACUGGUUGAACAGGCAUCGAGGGUUACACUGAGCUCUCGUGCAUUCUACAAUGAUGUCUUCCCACGCUUUGCCCAAUUUGUGACCGAGUUCUUUGGCUUUGACAUGGUUCUCCCCAUGAACACUGGUGCUGAAGCUGUCGAGACUGCCAUCAAGAUUGCUCGUAAGUGGGGAUACAAGGUCAAGGGAAUCCCAGAGAAUCAGGCUGUUGUACUGAGUGCUGAAAACAAUUUCCACGGUCGCACAUUCGCUGCUAUCUCAUUGUCAUCUGAUCCGGAAUCCCGCGAGCACUACGGUCCUUACCUCCCUGGCAUUGGUUGCACGAUCCCUGGUACCGAAAAGCCCAUCACCUAUAAUGACAAGGCUGCUCUGCGUGAGGCAUUCGAAAAGGCUGGCUCUAACUUAGCUGCCUUCCUGGUUGAACCCAUUCAGGGUGAAGCUGGUAUUGUUGUUCCUGAUGAGGAUUACUUGCAGGAGGCCCGAGCCCUGUGCGAUAAGCACAAUGUCCUCUUGAUCUGUGAUGAGAUUCAGACUGGUAUUGCUCGUACUGGUAAGCUGCUCUGCCACGAGUGGAGCGGAAUCAAGCCCGACUUGGUUUUGCUGGGAAGGACGUCAUGCUCACGAUCGAACCUGGUACCCACGGUUCUACCUAUGGUGGUAACCCCCCUGGGAUGUGCCGUCGCCAUCCGUGCUUUGGAGGUCGUGCGUGAUGAGAACAUGGUGGAGCGGGCUGAGAAGCUUGGUCAUGUUUUCCGUAAGGGUCUGGAGGACCUUAAGAGUCCUCUUAUUCAGACCGUGCGCGGAAAGGGUCUCCUCAAUGCCAUUGUGAUCGACGAGUCCAAGACCAACGGUCACUCUGCUUGGGACUUGUGUAUGUUGAUGAAGGAGAAGGGCUUGCUGGCCAAGCCGACCCACCAGAACAUCAUUCGUCUGGCCCCGCCUCUGGUCAUCACCGAGGAGGAGAUUGAUCAGGCAUUGAAGAUCAUUCAUCAAGCGGUAACUGAGUUGCCCACGCUCAAGGGUGCCGCUGAGAACCAUGUUAUCCCCCCCACCUGA